AUGGAGCAUAAAAAACUAUUAGAAAAUGUAAUGAUUGAUUUGCUCAAGGAUCCAACUUGUCCAAUAUAUUAAGUAAAACUAUUUUAUAUUAUAAUUCAUAGUAUUAAGAUUGGCAAUUAAUAAACAUAUGCCAAUAACUCUAAUUAUAAAAUUUCAGUAAUAUAAAAGAAGAGGAUUUUCAAAGAAAGUUUGCUUAGUUCUUUAUAAAUUAUUUGGAAGUGGAAAAUGAAAUUGAAAAUAUUUUAGAAUAAUCUUCAAUAAAAAGAAGUAAUUUGAAGAAAAAUAAUGAAGUUCGUUCUCAUUAAAACAAUUAAAGUUAAUAAAGUAAAAGUUUAAUUAAAUCAAAUUAAGAGUCAAAUAAGGAGAAAAAGGAUUAAAUAGACACACUUAAGAAUAAGAAAAAAGUAAAAUUAAAGUCAUCAAAUCAAUCUGAUUUAUUAGAUAUUGAAGUAAAUCCAUGUACUAACAAUUCAGCAAACUUAGAUUUGAUAGUACCUUAAGAUAAAAAGUUAUCUCAAUAUAAUUUUGAUCCUCUUAAUGAUAUUAAUAAUGAUAAAAAUAAAUGCAAAGAAAAAACAUAAAAAAUCACAUCAAAUGAAUAGGUUUAGAUGGAAUCUAUUAUUGAAAUAAACAAUAAUAAUUAAAAUUAAGAAUAGAAUUCAAAAUAAAAAAAUAAAAGUACAAAAGAGAUUAACAAUUAAAUCUAGUCUAAUUCAAUAUUUAAAUCAAAUGAUAAAUCAAAUGAUAAGAAUGAAACUUAAAAUUAAUUGUAAAUUGAAUAAUAAAAUGAAGAAAGAGAAAAUAAUAGGUAAAAUGAUAAUAAUAAAAUUAAUGAAUAAAACUCUAGAAUAAAUAAAUAAAUUUAAAUUUAAAAAAAACCUUCAAGAGCUAUUAUUGAUACUUCUCCAGAAGAAGGUGAAAUAUUUUUAUAACUUUCAGAUUCUGAAUCAUAAAAAUAAAGAAAUAUUUAGGAUUUAAAAAAUUAAUAAGGAAAAUAUUUAAUGGAUGAUUAAAUUAAAAAAAAUAAAGCAUUAAAAAAUAAUAAUAAUUAUAGAUAAAAAGUAUUCAAUCAAAAGUAAAAUAUAUAAAAUAUAAGUUUCAAUUAAGUAAAAUAGAUUGAAAAACAUAGUAAUCCUCGUUUAUAAACUGAAAUUUCAUUAAAUUAAAAUUAACUCUAACCUAUUGGUGGAAUUGAAUUUCAGAUUCAAAAACAAAAAUAAUUAUUAGAAAAUUAAUAUAGCAUUAUCUAAUCUUAACCUGCUUACUAAAAAUCAGAUAAUUAUUAAAUGAAUUUAGAAAGAAAUAAUUUAAAUAGUUCUUUAACUAAUACAAGUAAUAGUAUAAUAUAAUAAAAAAAUUCAUUAUGUGAUAUUCAAAAUGUUGAUUCGGCACCCAUUUUGAAUCCUUCAUUUGACAUUUCUAAAGAAUCUAUUGUUUAAAAUCUAUAAAACAAAAAAAAUGAUUAUUUAGGUGUAAAUCUAGAAAAGAAUAAUUAAUAUAUCCAUUCAAAUAAUUAAUAUUGGAAGUAAAAUAAUUAAUUCCCAUAUUAAUUACAAAGUUAAAUGCAAAAUAAUUAAUAAAUAUCAAAUUAAAUGUAUUUUUAAUCAAAUAUCUAUCCUUAAUCUGUACAAUAUAACAAUCGAAUUUUUGAAAGUGGAUAGAAUUUAGAACUCUAAAAAGAAAAAAAGCCUAAGAUAGAGGUUUUAGAUAUUAAUAAUAAUAAUAUUGGAAAUGGUUAUUUCACAACAUAAAAUAAGACUCAUUAAAUAAAAAUUAAUGGAAAUUAAUGUAAUUAUUGUAAAUAAAUGGAUGGGAAUGUUAAAUUAGUAAAUAUUGAAGAUGAAGUUAAAAUUUGUUCAUCUUGUUUAUUAGAGUAAUUGAAUCCAUUUAAAAAAAUUAUGUAUACUUUAGGAUUUCUAGAAUAUUAAUAUUAAUAAAAGUCAUAAUGUAAAAUACAUUUAGAUUUCACAAUCACAAAAGAAUAACUUCUAACUCCUGGAAUUUAAUUUGAAAUUAGAUGUGUUAUGAUGAAUUAAAAUGGAUUAACAGAUUUUACAUUCCCUAAUAGUUGUAUACUUUUUAUUAAUGGAGUUCUAGUUAAAGAGUUUAAACCUCUUCUUGAUAAAUCAUGUUUAAAAAAAAGAAAAGAUAAUUCUAUUUUAAUAAAUAUUGAUUAUCUGUAAAAAAUAUAUGGAAUAUAAAAAAAGUAUAAUUUCACAUGUGUGGAAAUUAUUCCUGAUUCAUAAAUGAGGUAAGAGAUUCCUAAAUAAAUAUAUAUAUUUGGAUUGUAUUUAGUUCAAAAUUAAAGUUUGGAUUAAGUAAUUCAUUCCAUAGUUAAUCAAAGUAUCUUGUCUUAAAUUAAAGUUGAUUUUUGUAAAAAUGAAAUCAAAGUAGAUAAAUCUAAAGUAAGUCUUAUUUGUUAAUAUUCAUUUGAUUUAAUUAAAAUUCCUGCAAGGUAUAAUGUAAUUUAUAAUUUAGAGGAGAAUUUUGUUAACAUUAAUAAUGUUUUAGUCUAAAUAAUUUUUUGGAUAUGAUGAUUCAUGCAGAACAUAUGAAAUGGAUUUGUCCAAUUUGCAAGAAAAAUUGUACUAGUUUGAGAAUUGAUCAAUAUUAAUGGGAUAUUUUAAAGAAGAUUUAAUAGCUAAAUAUAAAAGUUGAUUAUAUUACUGUUGAUUAAUAUGUAAAGAAAUAUAUUGAAGUAUUAAGGGUAGUUUAGAUUGUAAAGAUCCUUUAUAUGCAAUUAUUUAAAAUAAUAAAAUUAACAGUUAUACUCAUUUUGAAAGAAGCUUUCCUUAAUUCGACAACAAUAAUGAAAUUGUUUCUUAAAACAAAUUUCAACCUUAAGGUAUAAAUGAAAUAAAUGCUAUUCUAAUUGAUUGA